AUGAUUAAUUUUCCCACAAUGCCCAAUUCAGUUUCUGUAUCAAUGGUGCAAAAUGGAUGUUUAAAAGCUGAAUUUGAUUCAACAUAUCCAAUUCAUCUAAAUGGUAUUAUUAGUCAAAAUGAAUUUCAAGAAUCAAUUAAUAACAUAAAUCGUAGAAUUUCAUCGAAUAAAAUUUUAGUUACUAUGGCUAUUGUUUUUGGUUUGAGUACAAUAAGUGGAAUUAUCUUGUUUAUUGUUGGUGGAGUAAAAAGUGGUGAAUCUCAUAGUCAUGGAUUUCCUGUAUUAGUUGCUGUAGGAUUUGCUUUGGGUGGUAUAGGAAUGAUCGUUUUCACUUGUGGAAUUUUAAUAACACUAUUUCGACGUGAAACACGCAUGCGAGCAGCAAUUACUGAAGAAUCAAUAAAAUAUUCAUCAAGAUCACCAAUACCAUGUAGUUGGCGAUUAGAUACCUCAAGAGCUGAAUCUCAAGGAUAUGGAUAUCGUCAUAAUAAUCAACUUAUUCAUCAUUUAGUCAUUGAUAUUGGUCGUUCUGUUGCUCCAGGAAUUGUAUUAUAUCAGUCGAAUCCAGUUGCUGCUAAUCCAGUAUCGAUUUAUGAACGUCAAGAUUACUAUGCACCACCUCUCUAUUAUUCUACGUUAGCAGAGUUUUGUUCUAAUUGUAAUGCACCAAAAGGCGAUUCAUCAUCUACAUUUUGUACAUCAUGUGGACACUUAUUCAAUGCAUAUUAA